UACGUUGGGGAGAUGGUCCGCUACUGUAAAAGGGAACCUUCACUGCCCUCUGUCACGAUAGUCUCCAAUGGCAGUUUGAUCAAAGAAGACUGGUUCAGGGAAUUUGGAGAGGACCUUGACAUUCUGGCAUUGUCUUGCGACAGUUUUGUGCCUGAAACAAACGCCCUGAUUGGUCGUCAGCAGGGAAAAAAGAAUCACCUGGACAGUCUGAAGAAAGUGAGGCAGUGGUGUGCGCAGUAUAAAGUUGCCUUCAAGCUAAACACAGUCGUGAACAUACACAAUAAAGAUGAAGAUAUGUCUUCUGAGAUACUGGAACUUAACCCUUUGCCGUUGGAAGAAACUGGUAAAUUUACCUGA